CCGACCUCCAGCAGAUUUCGUGCAGCGGAGGCGUGCAAACACUAAUCGCAUCUCGACUUACACAUCUUCUCCAAACAGCCAACCUCUGUCGCCUUGAACAAAGCAAGCAGCAUCAGCUCAAAGAGGGCAUCCGCAAAUGUGGAAACAGACCAUGCAUCACAUUUCUUGGGCUCGCCAAUGACAUUUUCCUGACCGCAUCCCCCAUCGCCUCGUCAGUGCUACAGCUCCAACGAAUGCCAUAAUGUGAACAGCUGCGCCCACUACACAACCACACGUUGAAAGGAACCGAGCAGCCGCAGUUGAAACACAUCCACAAUGAGCGACGGGCCUUUCGCCGUCCCGGUCCCGGCAUACCGGCUGGGCAUACACACGGCACGCAAGCGCAAGCGUGCAUCCCCGGCCGCCACAACCGCAGCAGCAGCAUCACCAUUAUCGCCCACGGGAUCGCAGGUCUUCACCUCCGCGGUUGGACAGCCGGCCUCGAGACUGCCUUCAGACUCGAUCAACCCGCUCAGCCACAGCCCAGAUACCCUGCGGCAGUUCGCCGUCGCCGGCCUGACCCCGGAGGAUGAGAACCCGGCCGCAUUGUACCCGGGCUUUCCGCACAAGGCGCUGCCCCCGGACGCCAUCUACUUCCAGCCUGAGCUCGCCGCUGCCCGCCAGCCAAUAGAAGACAGCAGAAGUUUCUACAAGGGCAGUGAUGCGGACGUCGACUUGUACGACGAUACCGAGGCCGAGGCUGAGACUGCAGCUGGCGCAGCCAGUCGCGCGCGAGGGCGGCUGGUCGUGCAGAAGCAGACGGCGCGGCUGAAGCACAUUGCCGUCAUGACGGCCCUGGUGCACCGAUGCAUCGCCGAUGGUGACAUCUCUCGUGCGAAGCGUGCUUUCGGGUUGCUCGCGCAGACAAGGGAUGUGGAUAUCAAGCUCAACAAUUUCUGGCUCGUCGGCGCCGAGAUAUUGAUGCGGCAAGGGGAGACACCCCGGUCGCAAAGACGCCCGGACGAAAUGGACGUAAGGUCUAUGGCGUUGGGAAACAGAGGGAGAAGGUCUUCAACCGCAUCCGCAUCACCAGAGGCAGGACUCGACAGGGAGGAAGGUGGUCAGCAAGACGUCAACCUUGCAGCGGCCCAGGAGCCCGAUACGGCGGCAAUCCCCGGUGAAGAAGAAGAAGAAGGACAGACCGCGGCGUCAGCGCGCUGGGGCAAGGCCGAGAACGCAGACGUUGUGCGAUCCUACUUUGAGCACCUCAUCGCGCACUUCCCUUACGACAAGCACCGGCCGCACCUCGUCAGUGCCGUGGACUUCUAUCCGGCCUUGUACAAUUUCGAGGUCUACAACAUAUCAACAGAGUUUGCCGUAGCCUUGGAAAGGCUUGAGGUGGAAUACCCCGAGGAUUAUGACGGCGAGCUUGGCUCACAAGAUAGCGAGAUAUCCGAUGACGACGCCGACGACGACGACGAGGAUGCAGACCGCCGCCUCCUCCGCCACGGCGGCAGCCCAGACUCAGAAGACGCAAACUUCAACGUUGAAAAUGAUGAUGGUGACGAACAUGAUUCCUCUUCCCAACAGCGACGGCGCCGCCGGCAAUUCCGGCAGGAAGCGACAGACGAGAUCCGCAAACAGACGCAGCUCCUCGCGCAGCAAGUCGCCAGCGCAAUGGACCGCACGAUGGAGACACCGCCCUUCGCAUCACACCCGGAGCUCUUGCGCCUGCGCGCCAACCUGGCCAUCUUCAUCGGCGAUCUCUAUCUCCCCACGCGGAUCGUGGAAAAGGUCCUUCGCGCUCUGGGGGUCCCUCGACCUGGCAAGGGGACGGGCAGUAACAGUGGAGGUACCGGCGGCGGCAUCACGGGGUUAGCCGCAGGGACUCAGACCCAGCGGAGGAGGAAAGCCGCCAAGAUCAUGGAUCAUCUGGCCAAGUACCUUCGCGAGCCGGAGGAGCAGAUCGCCGCGCUGGACAUGCGGCCACAGGAGCAGCGCCGGGCGAGGGACUUGUUUCGGAAGGUCAUAGGGCAGGGCGUCGCUGUGGAAGGGUGGGUGGAGGUAUUUGUGGCAAUGGUCGGGAGGAGGGAGGAUGAUGACGAUGAGGAGGAGGCUGUUGGCUACUGAGG